UAUUCGGCUGGUGGUGCGGCAAGGGAAGGUGCUGCUGCCUAGGAGGUGAAAGUUCUCUCUGUGAGGUGAAUCGAGCCGCCAAGGAUGGCGCUGCGCCUGGAGGAGCUGAAGCGGCGGGCGGGCGAGUGCAUCGAGGCGUCUUCGGAGCCGCUGGGCGAGCUGAGCCGGGCGAUCUGGAGCCGGCCGGAGCUGGCCUACGAGGAGCGCCAGGCCCACGGCGCCCUGACGCGCUUCUUCGCCGGCCGGCCGGCCUGGGCGGUGCAGCCGCGCUACAAGCUGGAGACGGCCUUCCGGGCGGACUGGGCCUGGGCGCCCGACGGCGGCCCCCCGGGCCUCCGCCUGGGCUUCCUGUGCGAGUACGACGCCCUGCCCGGCAUCGGCCACGCCUGCGGCCACAACCUCAUCGCCGAGGUGGGCGCCGCCGCCGCGCUCGGCCUCAAGGGCGCCCUCGAGAGUCUCGCCCCGGACGGCCCCCUGCGCGCUCCCGCCGUCAAGGUAACUGUUCUAGGUACUCCAGCGGAAGAAGGAGGAGGCGGAAAACUGAAACUGAUUGAUGCUGGUGUUUUUGACAACCUGGAUGUUGUGUUCAUGGCUCAUCCCUUUCAGAAAGAUGCGCCCUAUAAGUCUGCUUUGGCAACUCAUCAUGGGAUUGUGAAGUACUAUGGAAAAGCUUCUCAUGCUGCUGCAUAUCCUUGGGAAGGAAUAAAUGCUUUAGAUGCUGCUGUUCUUGCAUAUAACAAUCUGUCAGUAUUAAGACAGCAGAUGAAACCAGCUUGGAGAGUCCAUGGUAUUAUAAAAAGAGGUGGUGAGAUACCAAAUAUUAUACCCUCCUGUACAGAGCUAGCUUUUUUCUUGCGCACCCCUCUCUUGAAGGAUCUACCAGUUCUGGUGGAUAAAGCUGAAAGCUGCUUCAGAGCCGCAGCUCUGGCUACAGGUUGCAAAAUAGAAUUAAAAAGGGAGUGUCCAGAUUAUUACAAUGUGCUUCCAAAUAAAAGCUUACAGCAAAUCUACAUGGAAAAUGGAAAGAGCCUUGGAAUGGAGUUUUCAGACAAAACUAUCUCAUCUACUUUAUCAGGUUCUACAGACUUUGGAAAUGUUUCUUAUGUUGUUCCUGGAAUUCAUUCUUAUUUUUAUAUUGGCUCUGAUGCAUUAAAUCAUACUGAGCAGUUUGCAGAGGCUGCAGGGUCAGAAGUAGCACAGCAGUAUGCCUUGCGUACAGCUAAAGCUCUUGCAAUGACGGCAAUAGAUGUUAUCUUUAGACCAGGCCUGCUGGAGAGAGUGAGAGAAGACUUCAGACAAGCCAAGCAAGAAGAGCAGGAGCACUAAAGUGUAAAACAGGAAAACGUGUCCUCUGGAUAGCGAGAACACUCGUCAUAGAGCCAGAACUCUUCUCCCCUGGCUAUUAGACUAUGUUUAAUCCAUGAUUAAAUGAAUUCUACAAACAUGUUUAAAUUAUGAAAUACACAAUAUAUCAACAUAAUUCUGCACUUUCUUUUUGCAUAAUUUAGGGAUGGGAGGCACUUGGCAACUAUGCCCUCUUCUCUUUCAUCUUAUUGGAAAACUUACUCCAGAUCUUGGAGAUUUUAUCAAGCCUAAAUCAUAGAUUUUCAGCAAUAUCUUGGCAGCUGUAAAAGCACUAUAAACAUGCUAUUCCAAAUGUUAUACCUCAAGAAAUGGAAUCACACACUUAAUACCACAUUCAGCGCUUUUCUGCGUUUUGUAAAAUUGCAAUCUGCACAGUUCUGGUUGUAGCAGAUUCAGACCUUUUUUUAAAAAAAUCUAACUUUCUCCCCUUAUCUGUCCAUACCACAAUUGUACUUGUCAUACUGAAAUAUGUUGUGCCCUCAGCAAGAGUAGUGCAUCUGGCCAGCUCCCAGAUCCUUUUCAGUUGUAGCUUUUCCCCUUUAGAACAAACUUCUUGGAGAAUCGUUCAGUGACUUGAGUAUUGUAUUAUUCAAUUACUUGGAACAGUUGUUCAGUGACUGAGUAUGCAGUAUGUACUGUUACGUAAGUGUACAUGGACAUACAGCUUUAACGCCUUCCACUGGUUUAUUCCAGUAAUUUCUACAAGUGAUAUUCAAACUGGAAAUAAGUAGACAUCCUCCAUGAGUUCAGUGAUGCAGGUUUCAUUUACACAUUGUACAAGAAGAGUGCUGAGGUAUUCCUUAUUGCCCCUUUUAACUAAAUAAAAUAUUUACAUUUAAUACAAUUUUUGUGAUUUGUUUCUGAGAUAGUAACGAACUGAACACCAAUUACUUGUAAAGUCUGAAACAAAAUGCCAGCCUCCAUAUGGGAUGGAGAACAUUUUCAAAUGUCUGCAAGACUUGCACA